CCAGUUUCAAUAUGGUUGCCGGUAAUCAAUGAAUUUAAGUACAAUAGUACAAUAAUCGUGCGUAAAAAUGUGAACAAUAAUGUUGAAACCGAAUGCCUAAUAUUUUCUUGAGAAUGGGUAAGGACCAGGAACUUUUGGAAGCAUCCAGAAAAGGAAAUACAGCCGUUGUAGAGAAAAUAUUGGGUCAGCGAGCCAAAAGGAGUGGUCCUCUAGCAAGUUUACGAAGAGGUCCUGGCGUCAAUGUUCAAGAUAGUAGCGGUUAUUCUUGUUUACAUCAUGCCGCUUUAAAUGGACACACAGAUAUAGUUCGACUUUUACUUGAACAUGACGCUUCGCCCAAUAUCGUCGAUAUUAAAGGAUCAUCUCCUUUGCAUUUGGCUGCCUGGUCUGGAAAUUUGGAGAUAGUGAAACUUCUUCUAUCAAGGUCGUUCAAAUGCAACGUUAACUUAACCACUGAAGAUGACGAGACGGCAUUGCAUUGUGCGGCACAAUACGGUCAUACGGCCGUUGUUAGCCUUUUGUUGGAGUAUGCUUGUGAUCCGGGCAUUCGAAAUGCUAAAGGCGAAACAGCAUUGGAACUUGCAGCUCAAUACGGAAGGCUAGAGACUGUGGAACUUCUGGUAAGAACAGAUCCCAUGCUGAUUCAGUGUCUUAAGAAGACCACGCCGGACAUUGUUUUGCCGCAUACUCCUCUACAUUUGGCAAGUAGAAAUGGACACAAGGCGGUUGUUGAGGUGUUGUUGCGAGCCGGUUUUAACGUUAAUAUGCGCACGAAGUCGGGUACUGCCCUACACGAAGCGGCUUUAGGCGGCAAAGUGGAAGUAGCUCGCACACUGCUAGAGCACGGAGUCAACACCUCCGUACGAGAUUCUAACAACUUUACCGUCAUGGAUCUGCUGAACCAAUUCAAUAACGCCCAAGCUGCCCAAGAGAUCAUUAGUCUUCUUAAACGUCAUAAACGUGGUCUUCCAUUAGUUGAUAGCGACGGUGAGAGUAUUAGUAACCCUUUUCCUACAGUGCCAAACACUGACUCUGAUCUAGGAAGUCCCUACGAGAAUGUUAGACCAUCAUCCAAAAAUGCGAGGUCUAUUACAACUGAUCCAUCUCCUGGUACAUCGCCUCAAAGGUGGGAUUAUCAACGUUAUGCGCGACCUCCUGAAGGCUUUGAGGAUCGCAGAGUGUCUGGUUUAUCGGAACAUUCGAUUUUUAGUAGUACCAGAUCCAAUUUCAGUAGUGGCAGAGACAUAAAUCACAAUAAUAACGAUGUUUAUAUGAAUAUGAAUGGCACUAGAAUGCUAGCCAAAUCAAAAAGCAUGAUAUUGUCUCGAAAAAGUAAACUUUCUCCGUUAGAUGGCAUCGCAUUUAAUUUUAUGGAGAGCUUAGAAGAUCCGUGCAGUAGAAAAUCUGAUGAUUUUGUUAGCCAGGCUAGUAAUUGUUCUUUUAAUUGCAAAAUUAGGGAUUCGGAUAACGGGUUUUACCAAAUUCCUUCGGCACCGAAACAGUUUAUGGACACUAGCGUCCAUUCCGAGGACCUUAACUAUCUCUCUUUCUCUAAUAGGGAAUCGGAUCAGAUUUCUUUAUCUUCUACGGCAUCUAGUUUAGGAUAUGGCAGGCGACCCGAUAGCGGAGCUGCUCUUUACAUGCCUAUGAAUAAAGGAGCUCACAGCCCCGGCUCUGGAAGUAAAGUAUCGCCAACUCCCCCUAAAAAACCUCCGCGUAGAGUCGUUCAAAUAUCUCCCACUCAUUCCCAACCUAUGUCUGCCUCAAUAGAUGGCGUAAGUAACAGCGCUUACGAAUAUAUCUUUCUUGCUCACACCGGAACCAGAAGCCAAAAUAACCUCAACGAAAUGGAAAAGGAUGGCAGAAGAGAUAGGUUGGGUCAUGGUCACAGUAUGGACCAAUACGUCGAAAUGAACAUUUUUGCCAGCGAUAUUGCUUUGGAUGAUGAACCAGUUGAAAGGCCCAAAAGUGAACUGCAGAGAGGUAAAAGUGAGGACUUGGAUAAUAGAAAGAAACCGGAACCCGUUGCUAUAACAAGUCUCUAUGAGAACACGAUAAUAAAGCAGCAGAAUCCUAGAAGGAAACUGCGAAGGCACAAUGACGUGUACGAGGAUUACCAUUUUAAACGAAAAGAAAACGACGCAAUAUCUAGUUGUUCCGCGCCAGAGACGACCUUUGUUUCCAGAGCGUUUCUAAUGAUUUCCGAUAACAAUGGCGAUAAGAAAGGAAAAACUGCUGGAAAAGAGGGAAGAAAUAAUAGAAAUAGCAACUAUCCCAUGUCUCCUACUCACUACAAUCAACCACCCACUCCGGAACAUCCUCCGCCAUCUGCCGUGCAAGCCGAAAAUGUGAUUUACGAAAAAAUGCGUCCAUUAAGUCAGGAAUACAAGAGAAGAUCGAGAGAUAUGGAGACGGAAACAGAAGAGGAAUAUCUGUUAAUCGGGGACCACGAAUCUAGCUGUAGUUUUUCCAGCAGCGUAUCUCUUUCCGACCGAAGUGUUGAUAAUAUUUUAGAAGAAUAUCAUUCUGAUACUCCGUAUUCAGGACUAAUCAAGGGUGCCGCAACCGGAAUCCUCGAAAACCUAAACAUGAACGUACCGGCCGUUCGUCCGAAGACCCUGAAAAAACUGAAACGGAUCUACGACAAUAGCUCGACCUCCGACGACCUGAAAAGCGACAACGAAAUCUCGUCCAGCUCGGAGAAGGAGUCCGACAAUAAGGAGAACAGAGACGGCAAGACGGAACGUAUGUCUGCGCUGAGUCCCUUCGACGAGCAGGAAGAAUGGGCAAAAAUCCAGGAAAUCAUGGCCUCGUUCGGCACGGGCAUCGUUAGGGAGUCGGUGUUCGUUGCGGAACUGGAGAAGGAAUUCCAGAGCCGGCUAAUGACCAUCUCCUGUUCCCAGAACAGUUUGAAUAAUGCGGCCGCAGUCGCCGCCGCGGCCGACUCGACAGUUGAAAAAUGGUUGCAGAGGAUCGGCAUGGCCGAUUACGCGGGCCUCUUUACGUCUAAUGGAUUCGAUGAUAUUGGAUUUUUGAAUGGAGUUUUAGAUGAUACUGAUUUGACCAGCAUGGGUAUACUACCCAAGGAAGAACGUGAUUUAAUAAUGGAGGCAGUAAAACAGUUGCCAGUCAAGAUUCACGAUCAGAUUCCGAAGAAUUGCAACAAUAACGAUCAGACCAUCGUAAAAACCUGGCUGAGGAAGAUUCAUCUGGAACAGUAUUUCGAUACGUUCAACAAACAUCUAUAUCACGACAUGGAAAGGAUCAAAAGAAUAUGGGAUGUGGAGUUAUCUGCCGUGUUAGAUAUCGAGAAAAUUGGACAUCGCAAGAGAAUUUUGGCUAGCGUUAGCAACGGAGACGGAAUUGUUACUGGACCGAAAUUGGAAGAAAUCAGUAGUGAAACGUCGUUACUGAAGGGCAGUAAUCGAUUGAGCCAGGACAUUCCGUCGCCCUCGACUCAAAGCACCACUUCUACUAACAGUGGCAACACCGGCACGAUCCGUCAUCGGCACAAGAAGUCGAGACCGGCACCCCAGCCGCCGGUCAAACCGAAAGCCGACAAGAAAAGUUCGGAGAUAUUUGUGGGCGGCAGUAACUCGAUCAAGAGCCAGUGGAGGCAUCAGCCCAUUCGGCUUAUAACGGGCUCCGUCAAAUACGCAGCUAAUUAUUGGGGAUCAACUACAAUUAAGGACUUUAAAGGAACCGAAUCAAGUAAAAAGUCAAUAGAAAAAAUAUUGAAAUCGAAAGACCACUAUUUGGAAGAGAUUACUUUAUCGAUUUCAUAUAAAGGUGUCAAGUUUAUUAAUCCUUCUAAUAAGAACACAAUUUGCGAACACGAAAUUGUAAAUAUGAAUUGCGCAUGUCAGAAUGACGACGAACAGUCCUACUUUGCUUACAUCACCAAGGACAGUGAUUUAUACUAUUGCCAUGUUUUCCAGGCUAUGAAUUCUGAUCAUGCGACGGAAAUUAUUUUAACUCUUGGACAGGCGUUUGAGUUAGCGUAUCAAAUGGCUUUGAGAGAUCACGUGACAAGUAAAAGUAAAAAUAAAAGUAGCACGGAGUACAAUAGAAAUGAUAAACCGGUUGUCAGUCCUGGAUCGGUAUCUUCCCAUAGCCGCGACUUUAAGGAUUCAACUAGAACUACGGAUAUAAAACUCAACGGGCAUCCUCUAAAGAUAAUGCCGCUUACUCUUUCUAUCGCUAGCGAACCUUCUACCUCAUCAGGUUCUGUUCCUCAACCUAGUCAAAACAAAACGCCAACAAAAAUUGUAAGUAACGAAUUUUCGGCAUAGUAGAGUAAUACGUGUGUAGUUAAAAUAAUA